AUGGGGCUGUUCCUGUAAGGCAUCCCCUUACAUUUGCGAUUGUCUCUCGCUCGGAACGCCGACUUGUCGAGCUACGUCUUCUCUUCUUCCUUUCAAUCUGGAAGCUCUCUCGCCGAGAAAUAUCUUCUUUUCCUAGUCGAUCGAUAGAUUCACAGGGUUCGCCACCACCAAUUUUUGUCAGAUUCUUUGGAACCAAUCACCGAAAUGGCACUCAAAGAGCUCCGGGCGUCAAUUCAGGAAUCCAAGGCUUGA